UAUGAUAAGGGGCGAGUUUAAAAACAAGAACUUUCAAUAUUUUUCUCUCUCUCUCUCUCUCUCUCUCUCUCUCUAUGUAGACAUUAUAGAUCCUGGUCAUCACGUCUGCGAAGAAACCGAUUCAAACCUGCUGCCUUUGAUUUGCUGUUCCAUGGCUCUUGAUACUGAAAAAAGACUUGACAUUGUUUGCAAGAAGCUAAAGAUUUGCCAAGAAAAGAAUCAACAAGGAAACAAGAACGUCGCACAUCACGAAGAGCAUGCUGCGUGUCAGGAGAAUAGAGCGCGAUGGCGAUGCACGCUACCUUUACUGUCUUUAAAAGAAGCACUACUCAGAUUUUCAGGGACAGACCGAGUGCCAAACGAUGAGUCGACAAAUCACGCUCGAAGAAACUCGCGAAAGGAUAUUAAUGUGGAGGGAUGCGUUGAUGUCAAAAAAACUCGAUCGGCGAAGAAAUGUUUAUCAUCAACUCAUUUUGAUGACUUUAGCGAAAAAUUACGACGAAAUCAGCCGACAGCUUCUCACAUAUUUGAGAAAAAGCAGAAACUUCAAAAGAACCUCACGGUGGAUUCCCGACAAAAUGCAAGACAGUUGAAAAAAACAUCGGAACAAGACGUUGAAUCAACUCGCUCGAAGGUGACGGAUAACAACGGUUGCAUCGUUUACAAGUGCAAGGAAUGUGGAAAAAUUCUUUCCACUUCGUAUAAUCUGCUGAUCCACCAGAACAUUCACACUGGCGCGCGACCCUACAUCUGUCCCACUUGCGACAAGAAUUUCCGAUCAGCGUCUGGUCUGAAUAGGCACGUGCACAACGUUCACGAUGGCAUCAAGAACUUCGCCUGCGACGUGUGCGGUCGCCGUCUUGCCUCAAAGGCGUCGAGAGACGAGCACAGACGCACGCACACCGGCGAGAGGCCUUACCGGUGCGAAACCUGCGGCAAAUCUUUCAAACAAAAGGCAUCCCUGCACGUCCAUCGGCUCUGUCACUCCCAAAUCUUGCCGCAUCGUUGCGACUUGUGCGAACGAGCUUUCAGGAGGAAGCAGGAAUUAGAAAAGCACCUGUCCUGGCACUCUGAUCGAAAGCCGUAUGCUUGCGACGUUUGCAACGAGCGUUUUCGCAGCAGAGGAUGCGUCGUUCGACAUCGACGCACUCAUACCGAUCAGCGGUCGCACAUUUGCGAGAUUUGCAGCGCCGGAUUCAGCCAGGAGCGUUAUUUGAAAAAACAUUGCGGUAGCGUGCACGGGAUUGUGCACAAACAAACAUAAUGAAAAUUAAUUCUCGACCGACCACCCAUCAUAUAUAUUCUUGGAAAGCGCACAAGAUACUUGUAGAAGAAUGCAGAAAUAAAAUCAGUU